AUGAGUCAGCCAAGUGCAAAAUCUCAGUUGACUAGAAAUGAACGUUAUCGUAUCGGUGGUACUGAAUAUCGUGCACUUGAUAUGCUUGCUCGUCUUGUCCCCAUGUACUAUUUGGGAUUUAUUAUCAUCUUUGGUUUCCUUUUCCGUAUUUAUGUAGCUUCCUCAAGUUAUGCUAGAGAGGUGCUUGAUACGUCCAAUGCAAAUACUGGGCCUGUCAACUAUUGGUUCUUUUCGUUCUUUAUUAGCUUAUCUGCCUUUACCAAUUUGGGGCUAAAUCAUUUAGACGAUAGUAUGUCCCCCUUUCAGAAUGCACCAGCGCCUCUUAUAUUGUGUAUCAUUUUAAUUUUAGUGGGUAAUACCGCAUUUGCUAUUCUCUUGAGAUUCAUCAUUUGGGUUUGCUAUAUCUUGACCCCAGAACAUAAAGUGAUGAGACGCGAGACGUUCCGAUACCUCUUAGAUCAUCCCCGUCGAUGCUACACGACUCUUUUCCCUGCUACACAGACAUGGUGGUUGUUGAUUGUUCUAGUCGCUAUCACACUUGUAGAAUUGAUUUGCUUUCUUGCUUUAAAUUAUUGGUUACCUGUCUUGGAAGGUAUUAGUUGGGGAUCACGAUUUUUAGAUGGUUUAUUUCAAUCAGUUGCGACGCGUAAUGCUGGAUUUUCUGUAGUUAAUCUUGCUGAUUUGAAUCCUGGUGCUCAACUUGUUUAUAUUGUUGCAAUGUAUAUCAGUGUUUAUCCUGUAGCUAUUUCUAUGAGAAAUAGUAAUAUCUAUCAAGUACGUUUAGAAAAAAAAAAUUAA